UGUUAUCGUAAGGUUAAAGUAUUUAUUUUGAUUUAACAGCUGACUUUUGUUCAUAAAAAGGAUGAAAAGACGGAUGUUUUAUAUUUCAUGUAACGGACGUAGCUUGUGUUCUGCCGGAGGAGAAUGAGGAGCGCUCCUUCUGUUUCCGGCGCUGUGAGAGCAGAGGUGUGAUUCACACAGCAGAACAAACAGCAUAAAGAUGCAGGACCCAAACGCAGACACCGAGUGGAAUGACAUCCUCAGGAAGAAGGGCAUUCUGCCUCCUAAAGAAGCUCCGGCGGAGGAGGAAGAGGACGAGCAGCUUCAUCAGCCUCAGUCUGUUGUGAAGACCUAUGAGAGCAUGACUCUAGAGGAGCUGGAGGAAAAUGAAGAUGAGUUUAAUGAUGAGGAUGAACUCGCCAUAGAGAUGUACAGACAGAAGAGGCUUGCGGAGUGGAAAGCAAACCAGAUCAAGAACGCGUUCGGGGAGUUGAAUGAGAUCUCGGGUCAGGAUUACGUGCAGGAGGUGAACAAAGCUGGAGCUGGAAUCUGGGUGGUGCUGCAUCUCUACAAACCGGGAAUCCCGUUGUGCACGCUGAUAAACCAGCAUCUGUCACAUCUGGCCAACAAGUUUCCUCAAACCAAGUUCCUCAAAUCUGUUUCCAACACCUGCAUUCCCAACUACCCCGACCGCAACCUGCCCACGGUGUUCGUCUACCAUGAGGGCGAGAUGAAGGCCCAGUACAUCGGCCCUCUGGUUUUUGGUGGCAUGAACCUGAAGUGUGACGAGCUGGAGUGGCGUUUAUCUGAGUCUGGUGCUAUAAAGACCGACCUGGAGGAAAACCCCAGGAAACAGAUCCAGGAUCAGCUGAUGACGUCCAUUCGCUGCUCGGCGCCCAACCGCAGAGCCGGUGAUGAGGACUCUGACGAGGACUGAAGCGGCACACUAACAUUAUAUCAGAAUCACAGCUGGACUUCACCUGCAACAACAGCUCGACCGCUAUAGAGUCGUUUGCGGCGACUCAAACACAGACUGUUGCCGAGCAGACUGUAAUUUAAACUUCUACUAUUUGCCAUAUUAAAAAGACGUGCGCUCUUCUGGAGGACAAGGACUCCUGCUUGUCUUGCACUCGGAAACAUUUUUAAACCUGCCAUCAUUUAAUGGAUUAUUCACCGGAAAUUUGCAUUGUUUUGUUUUAUAUAAGAUUUCUAAUAAUACAGCCUUUGUGAGUUCAAUGCUUGUCAUCAUUUAUUAUAUAAAAACAUAUAUUGAUUUGA